UUCCGUUCGCGGUGUGUCUUUCAUCCCACUGCGCUCCGAGCCUCUUUCUGCGUGGCCAUCAGCUGUUCAGCCCGCAGAGCCGAGCUGAGCAUCCCGCAGCUGGAGGACGCAGAGAGGCGCGGAUCCGUGGACGAUGGUGCUGGUAGUUAUAGUCGCGGGCCUCGGAGUGGUGACGUUACUGGUGAUUUUAUUUGCACCACACAUCAGGAAAUAUGCAGCAGGAGGAGUGUGUCAGUCCUCAGCGGUGCUGGAUGGGAAGACGGUCCUCAUCACUGGAGCCAACACAGGGAUCGGGAAGGAGACGGCUCUGGACAUGGCAAUGCGAGGUGCUCGGGUGAUCAUGGCGUGCCGAGAUGUGGAGAAAGGAGAAGAGGCUGCAGCCAGUAUACGAGCUGCGUGUUCUAAAGCACAAGUGGAGGUCCGGGAGCUCGACCUGGCAGACACCUGCUCCAUACGAGCCUUCGCACAGCAGUUCCUGAGAGAUGUCAACCAACUUCACAUCCUCAUCAACAACGCCGGCGUGAUGAUGUGCCCCUACACAAAAACAAUCGAUGGCUUUGAGAUGCACAUCGGAGUCAAUCACUUGGGCCACUUUCUGUUGACGUACCUGCUGAUCGGCCAACUGAAGCGCAGCGCGCCGGCCCGGAUCGUGGUGCUCUCGUCUCUUGCGCACAACUUUGGCUGGAUCCGUUUCCACGACCUUCACAGCCAGGGGAGCUACAACAGCGGACUGGCAUACUGCCAGAGCAAACUGGCCAAUGUGCUGUUCACCAGAGAGUUGGCACGCAGACUCAAAGAUACCAAUGUGACGGUGAACUCGGUCCACCCGGGGACGGUGAACUCUGACCUCACCAGACACUCAACCCUCAUGACGAUAUUCUUCACCGUCUUCUCCAUGUUCCUUAAAACCCCGCGGGAAGGAGCACAGACCAGCAUCUACUGUGCCGUGGCAGAGGAGCUGCACUCUAUCUCUGGGAAACACUUCAGUGACUGCGCCCCUGCCUUUGUAGCGCCACAGGGAAGAAGUGAAGAGACGGCGAGGAGACUGUGGGACGUCAGCUGCGAGCUUCUUGGCAUCGAGUGGGACUGAUUCGACUUUUAACCACCACCUAUCUCAGUUCUCGACUCAGUUCUCUCUGUUAUCAUUCAUUUCAUUAUGGUUUUGAUGUUCUGUACUUUGAACGUUUCUUACCUAAUCAGCAGUCAGGUAAUACUGUAAGAGGUCCUAUAAUGUGAAGUUGCUUUUUUGUGUAAUAAUGCAGUAAUUACAUCAUAAUAACUUGAGUAUUUUUGGUGUUCCACAACAAACCAAAACCGCUCAAUUGUAUUAUCGUGUAGCCACAAAUAACUUUUUGACUCUCUAUUUUUGUGACACGAUGUGAAUCCAGUGUAGGCAAAAAAGCAACUUGAUGUAUUGUAAUGCUGUAGGAUACUGUGAAGGGUCAAGCCAGGGUAAAUGACCAGCAACUUUAGCAAAUAUUGUGUUUUAAUAUAUAUUAUUAUUUCUCCAGAAUCCGCAGCUAAAUUGUUUGACUUUUUUGCGCCAGCGUUUCUAAACAACUGCAGGGGUUCUUACGGCGUUUCCAGGUCGAUAAAUAAUUAGUAAACUAUCGAAGAUCAGCGACAGUCUGAGCCAUGAUUAACGCUUGAAUUGCAUAGAUGUAUUUUGUGAUAAUUGUAGUCAAUGUAGAUUAUUAAGAAGGGUUUUCUAUUUUAACCAAAUCCGAGUUAGAAUCACGUCAUUGCAAUAUUUGCAAAGGAUUUUUUUUUCCAUUCACAUUGCCAAAAAACAAAACAAAACUGCACAUUCCUGGAGGAACUACAGUUUUACAUUUCUAAGGAUCUCCCUGCUCAUGUUUCCCUCUCAGCAUUCACAUGCAAGGUUGCCAAGAGUUUACAUUCUGUGUUUUAUACAAGUCAAACAUGCCUUUUACUACACUUACAUUCAUGUUAAGAGUUGAAUGUUUACAAUUGAUGUAAAUAAACGGGAACUAUUACUAUAAA